AUGGCAAACAGAAGUGAAGUUCAACUUACCCAUCCAAUCAAAGAACGCCUAUAUCUUGCCCAAACCCGCAGACAAGUAGUCACAAUAGAAAAGGCAGUAAGAACACAGGUCAGCACUAACAAGGUUGGACCUUUCGAUUCGUCCGGAACAUCCAUCGUGACAUCAACCAUGGAAGCCAUACUGGUAAAAGAAGAGGUGCGUGAGGAUAAGGGUCUUCCCCAAAAGAAAGACGCUACCAAAGCACGCGAGUUCCAAGUAAUAGACUUCCCCAAAACAAAUAUUGGAGAAUGUCUACAACCUUAUACCGAGCGGUAG